AUGAAGAACGGGAAAGCCACGGGACCAGACGGCAUCCCCAUAGAAGCCUGGAAAGCGAUGGGAGAGGAAGGCAUUGACGUGUUAUGGAUGCUGAUGGGGAAGGUGAUGGAUGAGGAGAAUAUCCCGACAAGGAAGUGUGAAGAGCCACCAUGGUGCAUACUGUAUGCCGAUGACAUCGUGUUGGUGGCGGAGACGAAGCAGGAGCUACAGAGGAAGAUGGAAGGAUGGAGAACUGCAUUGGAGAGUAGAGGGCUGAAGAUAAGCAGGAAAAAGACAAAGUAUUUCACAACGGACACAGAAGGAGAUCAACAGUCAGCGAUACAAAUAGAUGGGUUGAACCUGAAGAGAGUGGAACACUUUAAGUAUUUGGGAGCGAUGGUUGAGAUGGCAGCAUGGGAAGAGAGAUUAAACAUCGAAUUCAAUGUGAAUGUUCAGGAAUCAACACUGCGAUGGUAUGGACACCUGCUAAGAAGAAACGAAGAUCAUGUGGGAAGACAGGCAAUGGAGAUGGAAAUAGAGGGAAACAGACCAAGAGGAAGGCCUAAGACCAGAUGGAAGGACGUUGUUCAAAAAGAUAUGAGGGAGAAACAUCUAGACGAGGCAGAGGCAGUGGACAGAGCUGUAUGGAGAAGGCUCAUUAGAAAUGGCGACCCCGAGUAG